CUACUUACUUUUUUUAGAAGAAAAGAAAAUUUGAACGGAAUGUUUGAAUGCGGUGGAUACGAUGCACAUUUUUUACAAGAACUUUCAGACGAGCAUGAAUGUCCUAUUUGUAAAAUGGCACUUCGUAAACCUAUCUUAACAAAGUGUGGUCAUCGACUCUGUUUGUCAUGUUCAGAGGAAAUGAGAAAAAGAAAAAAUGGAGUUUUAGUUUGCCCAAUAGACAAUACUAAUUUGAAGCCUGAGCAGACUUUUCGCGAUAAAGCUAUUGAAAGAGCCGUUCUGCAAUUAAAAGUUAAAUGUAAUAACUUCUUAAAAAAUUGUCAAUGGACUGGAGAGCUAAAAGCAAUUGAUAACCAUUUAGAAACUUGUGAAUAUCAAGAGGUAAAAUGCCUCAAUGAACAGUGUUCUACUUCUCUUUUGCGUAAAGAGCUCAGUGAUCACAUGGAAACAAAAUGCAUUUAUCGUUUGGUUACGUGUCAAUAUUGCAAUCAAAAGAUUCGUUUUUGUGAGAUGCAAAUUCACUUGGAAACUUGCGAAUCUCUACCACUUUAUUGUGUAAAUCAAUGUGGCAUGAAAAUUCUGCGUAAAGAGAUGUCAACCCAUAUCACUGAUAGUUGCGCUAAUACAGUUAUUCCUUGCCAAUACUUUUACAUUGGAUGCAAUUUCAAGGGAAUGAGAAAAGAACAAGAUACUCAUGUCAAUUCUUCAACACAAAACCAUUUUUCUAUGUCAAUAUCAAAAAUUGCUGCACUUGAAAAUAAAAUUAUGUUAAACGAGCAUGAAACGACCAUUCUCAAAAAUGAAGUAACCAUUAUCAAAAAUGAAAUGGAAGAAAUGAAAACAAAAAUGGCCAUUCCCAAGGAUGAAAAGGUCCUUCAAAGACAAUUUUCUUUCUCUCUACGAAUGCAAUUUUUGAGAAGUGAAUCAUCAGGUAAGUCAUUAAAAUCUUUCUUUUUAAAAUCACAUAGUAAUAUUUACUUUAGGCUAGUAAUUAUCAACCCCUUAUUCACAAUUCUUCCACCUAUAACAACUAUUUAAUCCUCAAGGACCUAGUAUAUGGUGGCGCUAUUUGUCGGAAAAGUUAUUACAACAAUAAUAAUGAUACAAUGAGGUGGUGUUUGACUAUUGUUUUAAGAGUACUAUUUUUCAAAAACCUAUUAUAGCUUCUUUUUCUUUUU